AUGCUGCCUGGCGACGGAGGUGGGAUGAUGGAACCACCGGACCCAUAUGUUUUGACGGCCGUCUUGGAGUUGAAAAACUCUCCCCCCACUGCGGGUGCGGCGCCGGCAGUGAUGGUUACCUGUUGUGACUACGGGAUGGAAGUAUAAGGAUAGCAAAUUGAUGCUGCUGGUGACAACUUGCAAAAGUGCUCCAUCUUUCAUAAAUAUCUCACUCAUGAAUGCUUUCCAUUCGACUCGUCCGCAGCCCUUUUUGUAGGGAAAAAGCCCACGACCUACGCAUACGCUGUCCCACAACGCACACUCAUUAUGCAAGUGCUUGUUCGUAAUUGCAUAUGCAUUUGAAUGAUUUUUAUUUAUUGAUGGCGUGCCUCCAUUACGGCGUAGUUUGUGCUACUACCUUUCAAGAGUAAGCUACGAAACUGUAGCCCACCUGGAGUCCUCGCAUGUGUGCGUACAACAAAACUCAACGUAGGUACCCUGCCCUUCGCAAGCGAUUAAGGUAUUGGCUCCGUCGCGAGACGGAGUGUUGCGGUAUACUGUUGGCGACCAAGUAGCUUCCUUUCCCGUUUCGGACUUGGAGCUCGCGCACGGCCAGCUUCGCGACAUCUGGAUAAAGAUGGCCACCACCGCGCAGAAUCAAGCAGGGGGCAGCAGCAGCAGCACAUCCACCAGUAAGAAGGCGGUGCAGCUGCCGGCUCCGGAAAUUCAUGUCGUGCUGCAGUACUUCAACCGCGAGGAUGUGAAGCAGCACACGCCGCAGGUAACCGCGAAGCUGGAGUCACUAUUUCGCAAGCGCUCACAGGAGCUUGCUUACAACGCCGCUUCGGUGGCCGCCGCCGCGGCGGCAAACUCGCUCGUCGGCGGUGCAACCAGCAGUACAUCAGCGAUAACAAGCUCUGGAUCCGCGGGCGGGGCAGCUGCAACACAUGGUUCCAUCGGAACAUCAGGAGCGGGGUCUAGUACUUCGUCGCCACCGGGCGGCACAUCGAGGUUGGCCGGCAAGGGCCGCGCAGGGACGCACGCCGGUGCACUGCAAGUGCCCGGGACGAAAACCACAUCGAAAGGUGGCACAAGCGGAAGCGGGGCUGCAACCGCCGCGACUUCUUCUUCGAGCGGAAUUAUGCACCCUCAGCAGUAUAAUCAUGUCGGAGGUGCACGGACCACUGAGCAGGGCGCCGCUGGAUCUGGGAGGCCGCUGACGUCGUCCGCCGGGUCAUCGAUGAAUUACCACGUUGAAGGGCACAUGGCGCAGCAGGUCGAGGAACUCACGUGGAAUCGCACGGAGCCGUACCGGAAAAUCAUCGAGACGCUGGAGCAGAAAGUGCAAAAGUACGAGACUAUGGAAGCCGAGUACGCAGGGUCCCGGAAACAGCUUGAGCACUCUAUUGAGAGGAAAAAUCCCCCCUCCUCAUAUCGAAAAGGCACGCUUCCAGAAAUUUGGCUUGCUGAUUUGACACCACAAAUCACGUCUGUCUUGCAAGAACAGAAGACAAAUGCAGAGACUUCUGCCGCACCAUUAUGGAAGCGAUUUGGCAUGCUGCUGGGCUUAGAGGACAGCCGUUUGCAAUGCUUAGCAACCAGACCCAAACGCCCCUCCCUAGGCUGCGGAUCUGGCUGCGAUGCUGUAUCGCAAGACAGCGCGCAUUUGUGUACGCGAAUCCUGCAGCACAGAUUUCCCAUUUUAUAUGGGGUGGGGGCUUUUUUCAUUUUGAUACACUCGCGCGACAGGAACAAAGAUCUCACGGAAAUGCUGGAGUCAUCAGUUGCCACCACCAGCGGACAGAUUUCCUCUCUACGCAAGGACUACGACGUACCACAAUUUUACUUAUAUAGAAUACUUGUUUUUGUGUGCAGCUGUAGGUGUUCAUCUUCAACACUUGGCACACUUGUCUUUGCUAGAAGGCGCAUCUGGUUACGUCGCGCAUGUCACGGACAUGGAAAAAAUACAUGGGUACAACUUCUGCUUGAUUUAUGCACGUGCGCACAGCGCAUCGGACCGUGAGCUUUCUUGCAUAACAUCAACCCAAGAACACCAUUCAUGCAGUGAUUAUCAUGAUGAUCUGAAAAGUUUUUCGUAGCAAUCAAAGAUCCUUUUCACUUUGAAUUCAUUGGUGAAACAGGCCGUCCUGGCCGAAAACCAAAACCUGCUGAAGCAGUUGCAGGAAGCUACAGCUACCAUCUAUGAAGGGCGCGACCAACAGGAGCAACUAGUGAAAACGCUUGGGGUGCAGAAGGCUAACAUUCUUCUGUUAGAGGGGAAACUCAAAGUACUCCCUCUAUUGAUUCUUGCAGGAGAAGUCAACAACGCCUACCAUGCGUCACCUUGAUUUUUUUUUUGUCGACUGGCUUCAGUAGAUUUAGUUUUUGACUUAGCGUGUGUUUCUGUGAAAGAAUGGAGGCGCGUGACGUUUUGUUCCUGCGGCAAUCUUGUUCCAAAUCUCACACAAUAAACAGACGCAUGAGCAACUCGGGCAGCAGAUAGAGCAGUACAGGCAGCACGAUGCGCAGCAUGUGCAGUCGCGGUCUCAGCUGCAGCGGGAGUAUUCGCAGGCUGCCGUGCACUUUUCGGACGCGCUCCACGCGGUGAAGAAGGAGGUGGCGAAGCUGCAGGAGGAGAAAUCGCAACUGCAGUUGAAGGUUGACGAGACCGGCAUGCAUCUGGACUCCGCAAAUUUCAAGCUGGAAUCGCUGCAACUGCAGUCCACAGCGGAGCUGCACAAGACAGACUUGGACAGUCGCACGAAGCAAAACGAACAAGCGGACCUCGCAGCAGCAAAGUCAGACCUCCUCGCCGCGAACUUGCGACGAGACCAGCUCGAGGCAGAGGUAAGUAGUACUUGUCGUGUACUUCACUCGACGAGGCGGUCGUAAGUAUAAGUCCGCAUGCAUGUAUCCGGACCUUCGUUGUGCUACCGUUGUUCGCUCGGGAUAAUGUUGUGGAAUUGAUACACAGCCAAAGCCAUUCGAAGCAUUCUACCUUCUUUCGGUGAUGAAUCACCAUCGACAUUGCUUAAGAAGAAAGGGGCGUGCACGCUCCGGCCUUCAGUUUGCUCCGCCUUUAUCUUUUUGAAAUCGCUUUACUAUAAUCCUCCUUUUUGCUUGCUUCCUGUUCCCCGGGCCCAACUGGCACCAAGCAGGUUUUUUCUCUCCUAGGGUUAGGCUUAGUUAGGCCGCCACCGCCGCCGGCACGGGAUGGCUGCCGACGCGACCGUCUCACCUUCGAUCCAGCCACCACCCUCAUCUGCUGCUCAAGAUCGAUCCAGAAAGGGUUUAGUUUAGGUUUCAGGGUUUAGGAAGCAAACUUAGAUGAUGAUACCACGAAAUAUGACGGUUCUACUUUUUCUUUUGCAGCUAGCGCGCGUGGAGGAGCAGAGUCGUGUACUACUGCAGCAGGAACGCAAAAACCUUCGUCGCGCGCAAGAGGACCUAGAGAAGUGCCAAGAAGAGAGAACCACCCUGUACCAAAAUUUGACGAAGAAGCAAGAAGACACGUCGAAAAACCUGCACGAAAAGAAUCACGUGGAUCUCGAGCUCAUUAAGCUCCGCAACGAGGUCAAUGACUACCGAGGCAAGCAGUGGAAUUAUGAGGCGCUGCACAAGCUCAACUCGGAACUAAAUGCCCAAGUUGAUGUGCUCACGCAGAGCUUCGAUGAGUUGCGCCGCACCUACGGAAGGGAGACGGAAACGGCUCAAAGUGAUGUCAUUCCCGCCAUGAAAACGCAGUGCCUGUCCAUGCGAAAGGAAAAUAAAAGGUAUCUUUGCUGCUUCUGGAUGUAGCCACUAGCGUUACUAUACAUCCGCCUUGCAAAAAAUAAAGGUGAUGAUGCGGCUUGUGUUUCUCUCGUUUUCAAUACGUCCUUACCGGCGCGAAUAUGUUUGUUGUGACUGCAGCGGCAUCGAACUCUUGCACUUUUCGUGCAGAUUCAAACAGAAAAUUUUGACAUAGUUAAUACCAGACGUACUGUACGUGUCGCUCUCCCUGUUGCGAUUUAUCUGAAACUGAAGAGAUGAAGUAUAUCGACCUGAACAACAAUCGUGAAGGUUGCAGGACGACCUGCAGGCGUACCGUGCUCGGUGCGAGAUGGUCGAAAACGAAAAGCGCGAAAUGGCUGCACAGCUGUUGUCGCUAGAGACACGGAACGUGGGCAGGCACGCGGAGCAGGAAGACCUGCAGUUGUACGAACAGCAGCUCGGCGAGAAAGAAACGGUGAACCACAAGCAACAACUGCUGCUGAACCAACUGGCCACAAAGCUGAAGGACUUGUCUGAAAAGUUCGACCUCGAGCGCGGGAGCCUGCAGGCGCAGGCGACCAAGGCCGAAAAGAUGGUGCAGCGGCUGGUGGACCUUUUCGUGCAAAAGUCUUACGACCUGCAGGGGAAGUACCUUUUCGACAAAAUGGACAGCCUCGACGCGAGCCUCGCUGCCAUGCUUCAUGCGAAAAACCUCCAGGUGCCGUUCGUGCGGUUGACGUCCGGGCAGUAUCUCCUGGCGGACCAAAUUUGGCUUGCCCACUUCGACGACAAAAGUGGCCGCUUGUCCUUUACCACGCGCGGGAACGCACUUUCCGGCGAGCAGGUGAAGCUCAGCGCGGACGAGUGGUUCGAGUUUGGGACCCGGACCAAAUCAUAG